GUUGUAUUGGUAUAUUCUUUAUCAGUUUAAUCAUCAGGACUUGAGAUAUCUAGUAUGAUGGACAUUUUCGUGAACCUGCCACCGUACGGAUGUUGGCUUGUUUAUCUUGUUACACUGUUGUUUGUCCCGCUCGGUGUCAACCACUAUGCAUGGGGUUCCCAGCUAAUGUGCUUAUGCAUUAUGCUAAUGUUUCCCAGCCGUAAAUCAAAGAGCCGUGUUGCCCUGACGGCUUACAAUCAGAUUAGCGGCGCCGUAUUUUAUUAUUUUGUUUUUAAUAUUUCACCUAUCCUAAAUCCUUUUGACCAGUUAGUUGCCCGAGUCUACCAGGGGUACUAAAGGAUAUUUCAGAACGGUUUUUUUGUCGUUAAAAAAAAAGUAAUAUAGUUAUUACCUCAUGCUAUAAAAAUAUCACCCGUUUUAACAUCGUUUGGGUACUAAAGGUGGAAGUCGUAUGGAUUUAUGGCUGGAGGGACAGUGUGUGUGUACCUACCCAACCAUGUUUGUUGUGUACC